GUUUAAGGUUAGAAUUAAAUUAAUUAUAAAUGAUAUUUUGAUACAGGUUACAAUUAGGAGUGAAUAAUGUGGUGGUUCUUAACGAUUGGGAAGCUGUGAGGGAUGCCUUCAAUAAGGAUGCCUUCUUAGGCAAACCACUUCACUCGGCGUUUACUGUGACCACUGAAGCUAAAAGUUUAGUCGAUGAAAAUGGGGACGUAUGGAGAGAUCAACGGAGGUCUGCCCUACAAGUGCUCCGAGACUUAGGCUUCGGGAAGGGCUCUAUGGAGGAGAGGAUUAUCGAUGAAAUCAGUUAUCUCACGAAAUGUAUCGAUGAGACUAAUGGUGAGCCAAUGGAUAUCCACGAAGUACUUGUGCCGAGUAUGUCCAACAAUAUCAGUCACCUGGUGUUUGGCCACCGAUUGGAUUACAAUGAGCCCCGAAGAAAGAUCUUUGACAAAUUCUUAGACGAGAUCUCAUCCAGAUUCUCCAUUAUAGGCAUGAUAGCCAUGUCGCCUAUUUGGUUCAGCAAAAUAUUUUUUAAGCUUGUCAAUAGAAGUGGUUUCGAUGCA